AUGUCUUCCCGUCUUAAAGUACCUGCUCUUGCUGCAUUGCGUCAUCGUCAGGACCCGAAGCUAAUGGAAAAGUUCACUUUGGCCUCACUCAAUAACGGCAAAAGUCCAUUUGUUGUGUCGAGUAAUCGGUUAUUACAAGUGAAAAAGAAGCCGUCGAUGACACCCCAGCAGCGUAUCGCGGAUAAGUUCUCGCUCGAGUAUCUAUUAGGCUCGAAUAGCUCUCAGACAGGUGAGAGACUUGAGCAAAAGAAUCCAUUUGAUGUUGCUAGCUCUAAGCUCAUGUAA